AGCCUCUUUUCCUCCAGUGCAGAGCGAAGCGCGCGUAGGCUAGGCCAUGGCGAGGCUGGCUAGGCGAGCGGUGACCCACCGUACAAUUUAGUGUACUGGAAUGUGCAAGAAUUCUGCUGUGUUCGCCACAUACUCUGCCACAUUCCUACAGGCGUUUCCGCCGCCCGAAUGUGGCAUGUAUCCACAUGUUGUGCAAUGAAUGAGGGGAUUCGUUCCGGCCCGAGGCCAGGUCACGGGAGACGGCAGGCGGGAGGCGGGCGCGAGGGUCGCGCCAGUCGGGCCGCGCCGGGUCAGCUUCAGCCCGACGACGCCAUGCUGUUGACGCUCGCGGUGGCGUGCCUCGUGUGCGUCCUCGGGGUGCACGCCGUGGACGCCGUGGACGCCGUGGACGCCCUCAAGUGCCCGGAGCACAGGUUCCUGUGCUCCGGGCGCUGCCUGCGUGAGGAUUUCCGCUGCGACGGCAAGGUGGAUUGCAACUUCGCCGAGGACGAGUACGGCUGCACCGCUUGCCGGCCGGGAGCCUUCCAGUGCCUGGAGAAGAGGAGCUCGUCGCCAAGCCGCGCCGGCCCGAGGCAGUGGCCGUGGUAUCAGCCAGUGCCGCGACUCCGGUGUUUCGCCGAUUAUCGUCGCUGCGACAAAAACCAGGACUGCCUGGACAACAGCGACGAGACGGGCUGCGACGCCGUGGAGCCGAAGCAGGCGAAGCAGGACCUGCUGGUGUGCAGCAGCUCCUUCGCCAGGAGCAUCUCGGGCGGCACCAGGGUGCAGAGCGCCAUGGUGCGGUGCGACGGCCGCGUGGACUGCGGCGACUUCUCGGACGAGGCCUACUGCACCGAGCCGCACAAAUGCCUCGCCAACCACACCUUUUUCUGCGACAACAAGUGCCACCCGUUGGCCAGGUGGUGCGACGAAAAGGCCGACUGCGCUGACCACAGCGACGAGGCCGACUGCGUGUUCACCACGUCGACCUCCACGACUACCACUACGACAACAACAACAACCACCACCACCACCACAACGACGACGACGACAACGACCACCGAGACGCCCAGCAUCACGGAGGAACCGGUGACGACGUCGCCGGGACGCGUCGAACCACGUGUUGAACCCAACGACGUCCACUCAUCCGCAGCGUCCGCAGCGUCCGCAGCGCACUCCGAGACUCCGGCCGCCGCGUCCCCCGCCUCGGCGUCCAUCGCGUCCCCCGACACGGCCGCGCCCGUUGAGGCCAAAGACGGGGGCGCGCACCCCGGCCUCUACAUCGGCGUACCCGUCCUCGUCGCCCUCAUCGCCGCCAUCGCCGUGCUUGCGUACCUUGCCAACCGGCGGUACAGGCGCCGCGGCGUCUACCCGACGUCCGGAGUCGACGGAGGCGACGGAGGCGUCCCGUUCCUCCUCCCCGACCGCACCAUGGAGAGGGGCGCCACGGCGUCGGUGGCGAUGGAGCUGCAGCCGCCGUCGGACUCCCGCCGUUGACGGGGCCCAGUGUGCCACUCAAUAAAAGACUUUUGCUAUCCAUGGA